AUGUCAGUAAGUGCAGAAAUAUCUACGAAAGAAUCUGUAAAUCUAGUAAACAAUAAUCAACUGACAAAACGAGCCUUCCUCAGACAAAAAUUAUUCCUACAGCGAGAGCUGAUGCUGAAACUAGAAGCAGAUUUACCCAGAUUGUUGUACGUGUAUGAUAUAAAUGAAGAGUUUAAAUUCAAUUUAAGCAGUUUAAAAUCAAUACUAUACAUGUUGUAUUCACUGAGAGAACUGAGGCUGGAGGCAUUAAAUUGGAGCACUGCUCCAGAAAAUGAGGAAAGACUGGGAGAAGAUAAGCAUGACACAGAGGGAAAUGUUGAGGAAAACAGAGAACAAGUGGAACUGGAGAACAUGAUACAGCCCGAAUUGAGAGAGAGACACUAUAGUUCACCCCAAGCGGAAGUAAACAACGAUAAUGAAAUGAGCGAAUGGGCAGGAUCCGAAAACGAAACUGAGUACACGAACGAGAAGGAAAUCGUGCUGGAUUUAAUAUACACACUUAAGGGAAUGAACGCUAGGUACCUUAGAAAGCUAAAUAACGAAUAUUUUCAAGUAGACUUGAAAGUGACAAAUCGCAACAGACAGAUAGUGAAUAAAAUAUGUGCACUGGCAAAGAUGUAUAGUAGCAUACGAGAAGUGGAGCUGGGAAGCAGCACUAUAGCGGAUUCAGUAAAACGGGGCCUGGGCGAGGAAACGCAAGAACUUGACAAAUUGCUGGACUCACUGCUGGAAAACCACGAGGAGCACUGCGUAAGCUUGCUACAGCUGUACACACUUUUGCACAAACCGUACCGAAAAGUGAGGCUGCUGUGUAAGCUAGGGGCUGGAGGGAAGCACGUGAUGGACAGUUUGCACGAACACUCGACCAGAGGAGAUGGCAUGAGCAGAGAAACGUUCACAAGACUUUUCAGAAAGGGCCUGGCGCCCUACCUUGAAACAGUCUUCAAGUGGCUGUACUCAGGUGAGUUGCCACCAGAAAAGGAGUACUUUUUCGUGACAACGGAGCCUGAAAACGGAGAAAAAAGGAGCUCUUCAUCGCGAGAUUUACCUGGAAUCUAUAGUCACAGUGCCGCCGAUGCAACUACUCGUGAAGGUAACGGUAGGAACCACGUGAGCGUGGAAGCUCGAGUUGCUUCCAAUGACAAGGUUAAGUGCAAAGAAGCGCACGAACACUUCUAUUUUGACCCGGGGAAGGUCUUCAAGUUCUUUCCCCUGGAUCUGGCGGAAGAUAUAUACGAGCAGGGGAGGCUAUCGCACUGGCUGAAGAGGUUAAACAGGAGUGCGAGCGCAAUGACACUGGACGCGUUCAUGCUCGCGGUACUUGGGAACGAAAGGAGCCUGGAGGAGAUACUAACGUCGCUGCGGAGACUCGUGGGGGAGCUGGACAGCUCCAGAAAGCUGGCCACGGCAAUUCUGGAGAAGGAGGGCCUGGAGGAGUACGUCUCGGCGCUCUGCGUUCAGUUCAUCGACCCCGAGGCCCAACAGCGCCAGUACAAGUACGGCCGCCAGCCCCAGUACAAGCGCAGCCACAAGUCGCUGAGGGACGACUACGACAUGGCCGAGAGCGUGGAGAGCGGAAUCAGGGUCUACUACCCUAGCCCCAAGUUCCCCUACGACCUCGUCGUCGAGGACUACAGGGUGUUCAGGGGGAUGAUAAGGGUCUCUGCGCUGCUGAAGGCGGCCGCCGCCAGCCUCACCGAGAGUUUCGCCGAGUACCUGUGGCUGAACCGGUGCAACGACCGCGUGUUGGAGCUGUCGAAGCUGCUCAACAGGCUCAACUUCCACCGGGGCGAGAUGGCCAACUUCCUCGCCGCCGUGCAGCCCUACCAGAACAGCCUCUACUGGCUGAGCGUGUACAGGGCCUCGAUGUGCGGCCGCCAGACCCUGGCGUCCCUCAGGGCUUCGACCCGCAGCCUCACGCGCAGCCUCGACCUCAGCUUCCACUCGGAGCUCCCGCCGAUUCUGCUGAGCGUCAUCGCGUUCGGCAAGUCUGUCUCCGAGCUGUUCAGGCAUGACUUGCGGCAGCUGCACUCGCUGAACCUCCGCGGCUCCCCGCGGCUCGUCCACUUCAUUGACAACGACAUGGCCGACUUCGCCUCCCCGAGCCUCAGUCACGCGGCGCAGUUCCGCGUCAACGUGCUCUGCCUUCUGGGCAGGUUCAAGGCCAAGUCGCUCCUGCUCGACUUCAACGAGUACUACAGGUUCAACUCCAAAAUAAUAUAA